AUGCCGCCGCCGAGUGGCCCCAGCGUCCUCACGCGGCUGCUGCCGCUGCUGGGGCUGCUGCUCGGCGGCGCCUCCCGGGCUCCCGGCAAGUCGCCGCCGGAGCCCCCCAGCCCGCAGGAGAUCCUGAUCAAGGUGCAGGUAUAUGUGAGCGGGGAGCUGGUGCCCUUGGCCCGGGCCUCCGUGGAUGUGUUUGGGAACCGGAUGCUGCUGGCCGCUGGCACCACGGACUCAGAGGGCGUGGCCAUACUGCCCCUCAGUUACCGCUUGGGCACCUGGGUGCUGGUCACUGCUGCCCGCCCUGGCUUCCUCACCAACUCUGUGCCCUGGCGUGUUGACAAGCUGCCCUUGUAUGCCUCAGUCAGCCUCUACCUGCUCCCGGAGCGGCCGGCCACCCUCAUCCUGUAUGAGGACCUGGUGCACAUCCUUUUGGGCUCUCCUGGUGCCCGCUCCCAGCCCUGGGUGCAGUUCCAGCGCCGGGCUGCCCGCCUGCCUGUCAGCUCCACCUACAGCCAGCUCUGGGCCUCCCUCACACCUGCCAGCACCCAGCAGGAAAUGCGCGCUUUCCCUACCUUCCUGGGCACUGAGGCCUCCAGUUCAGGCAAUGGUUCCUGGCUAGAGCUGAUGCCACUGGCUGCUGUGAGCGUGCAUCUGCUGACGGGCAAUGGAACAGAAGUGCCGCUCUCGGGCCCCAUUCACCUGUCCCUGCCUGUGCCCUCCGAGUCUCGCGCCCUGACUGCAGGCACCAGCAUUCCAGCCUGGAGGUUUGACCCCAAGAGUGGGCUGUGGGUACGCAAUGGCACUGGUGUGAUCCGGAAGGAAGGCCGACAGCUCUACUGGACCUUCGUCUCCCCCCAGCUGGGGUACUGGGCAGCUGCCAUGGCUUCUCCCACCGCUGGACUGGUCACCAUCACAUCGGGCAUCCAGGACAUUGGCACCUACCACACCAUUUUCCUGCUCACCAUCCUGGCAGCCCUGGCUCUGCUGGUGCUCAUUCUGCUGUGUCUGCUCAUCUACUACUGCCGGAGGCGCUGCCUGAAGCCAAGGCAACAGCACCGCAAGCUGCAGCUGUCCGGGCCCUCUGACGGUAACAAACGAGACCAGGCCACCUCGAUGUCCCAGCUCCACCUCAUAUGUGGGGGACCCCUGGAGCCCACCCCGUCGGGGGACCCUGAGGCCCCGCCCCCAGGCCCCCUGCACUCAGCCUUCUCCAGCUCCCGAGACUUGGCCGCCUCCCGGGACGACUUCUUCCGCGCCAAGCCGCGCUCUGCCAGCCGUCCGGGAGCCGAGCCUGGGGGCUCCCGCGGGGGCGAGGGCGCGGGGCUCAAGGGCGCCCGCUCCGUCGAGGGUCCCGGCGGGUUGGAGCCAGGCCUGGAGGAGUACCGGAGGGGAGCCUCGGCGACCCCGGCCUUCCUGCAGGAGCCGCCCUCGCCGCCGCCGCCCUUCGAGCACUACCUGGGCCACAAGGGGGCGGCCGAGAGCAAGCCCCCCGACUUCCUGCUGUCGCAGUCGGUGGACCAGCUGGCGCGGCCGCCGUCGCUCAGCCAGGCCGGGCAGCUCAUCUUCUGCGGCUCCAUCGACCAUCUCAAGGACAGUGUUUACCGCAACGUCAUGCCCACCCUGGUGAUCCCCGCGCACUACGUGCGCCUGGGCGGCGAGGCGGGCGCUGCGGGGGCGGGCGACGAGCCAGCCCCGCCGGAGGGCACGGGCUCCGGCCCCGCGCGCCCUUUCCCCCCGGCCGACCCCCAGCGCCCGCUGCUGCAGGGCCACUCGGGCGCGGGCGGCGAGGGCGGCGGCAGUGGUGGUGGCAGCGGCGGCGGUGGCGGCGGCGGCGGCGAGGGCUGGGGGGGCGGGCGCUCGGCGCCGGUCAGCGGCUCGGUCACCAUCCCGGUGCUGUUCAACGAGUCCACCAUGGCGCAGCUCAACGGGGAGCUGCAGGCGCUGACCGAGAAGAAGCUGCUCGAACUGGGCGUGAAGCCUCACCCGCGCGCCUGGUUCGUGUCCCUGGACGGGCGCUCCAACUCGCAGGUGCGCCACUCCUACAUCGACCUGCAAGCGGGCGGGGGCGGCCGCAGCACCGACGCUAGCCUGGACUCCGGCGUCGACGUGCACGAGGCGCGGCCCGCGCGCCGGCGACCCCUGCGCGAGGAGCGGGAGCGCGCGCCCCCGGUCGCCCCGCCCCCGCCGCCCGCGCCCCCGCGCCUGGCGCUCAGCGAGGACACGGAGCCGAGCAGCAGCGAGAGCCGCACGGGCCUCUGCUCGCCCGAGGACAACUCGCUGACGCCGCUGCUGGACGAAGUGGCGGCGCCCGAGGGCCGGGCGGCCACGGUACCCCGGGGUCGGGGCCGCAGCCGCGGGGACAGUUCCCGCAGCAGCGCGAGCGAGCUGCGGCGCGACUCGCUCACCAGCCCGGAGGACGAGCUGGGGGCGGAGGUGGGCGACGAGGCGGGCGACAAGAAGAGCCCGUGGCAGCGGCGGGAGGAGCGGCCGCUCAUGGUGUUCAACGUCAAGUAGCGCCCCCGCCU